AUGAAAACAGGAAAAUAUCCUUUUUUCGUGUUUGUUUUUCUCUCACGAAACUAUGGUAUUCGUGUUAAUUGGCUUAUUACCAAAAUGUACACUUUUUCUUUUGCCUCUUUUUCCCCACCUUUUCUUUCUUUGUCUUCUUUUCUCCUCCCCCUUUUCUCCUCCCCCUUUUCUUUCUUUGUCCUCUUUUCUCCUCCCCCUUUUCUUUCUUUGUCCUCUUUUCUCCUCCCCCUUUUCUUCCUUUAUCCUCUUUUCUCCUCCCCCUUUUCUUUCUUUGUCCUCUUUUCUCCCCCUUUUUUUCCUUUUGUCCUCCCCUUUUCUCCUCCCCUUUUUCCUCCCCUUUCUUUGUCCUCUUUUCUCCCUCCCACUUUUUUUUUUUUUUGUCCUCUUUUCUCCUCCCACUUUUCUUUUUUUGUCCUCUUUUCUCCUCCCCCUUUUCUUUUUUUGUCCUCUUUUCUCCUCCCACUUUUCUUUCUUUGUCCUCUUUUCUCCUCCCACUUUUCUUUUUUUGUCCUCUUUUCUCCUCCCACUUUUCUUUUUUUGUCCUCUUUUCUCCUCCCACUUUUCUUUCUUUGUCCUCUUUUCUCCUCCCACUUUUCUUUCUUUGUCCUCUUUUCUCCUCCCACUUUUCUUUCUUUGUCCUCUUUUCUCCUCUCACUUUUCUUUCUUUGUCCUCUUUAUUGCUAUUUUACACUAGUUUUCUUUCUUUUCCCAGUUUACUCUUGUCAAAAAUAA